AUGCUUCAUGCACCAGUUCCACCAGCAAGAUUACCCAUUCCACCCGGGUUCAUAGAUUUUGCUUCUUCUUCGUUUGAUGCAAUUCUCUAUCCAGCUGCUAUUCCUCCAACUACACCAAUAUCAGAUAAUCAAAGCGUCCAACGAAGAUCUAGCCAUCUUCCGGACCUCGUACCAUUUAUCCAACUUAUAACCGAAAAAUGCAAUAUCUUACCGGUUCACCUUGUAAUGGCCCUUAUGUACGUCCAGCGGUUUCGUAAUGGUCUACCUGCAGGUUACAAGGCAGAACCUGAAGCUGCUCACCGUAUAUUUGUGGCCAGCUUGUUGGUAGCCAGCAAAUAUAGUGACGAUAACUGUCUGUCCACACGUCAGGUGGUUCGUGCUGCAGGCGAUGUCUGGUCUAUUAAGGAGAUCACCCGUAUGGAGAUUGGCUUUCUUUGCUUCCUCCAUUGGGAUCUUCACAUUCAUCCUGAUGAGAUGGCUACCUUUUUACGAAAUCUCAACUUUGACAUUUCUCUUAUUCUUCCCUCACCUUCCUUGUUUUGUUAA